CAUUUACGUACUAUAAAUAGCCUCCAUUCUGUAUCUUCUUUCAUCCACCGAUCAAAUAAAUAAACUCACCGGAUUUUCAUAACUCCGACGAAAAUGUCAGGAAUAGUUGUGAUUUUCGACUUCGACAAGACGAUAAUUGAUGUUGACAGCGACAAUUGGGUGUUGGACGAGUUAGGCGUCUCUGAUCUCUUCAACAAACUCCUUCCCACCAUGCCCUGGAACUCUCUCAUGGACAAAAUGAUGGGGGAGUUGCAUUUACAAGGUAAAACGAUUCACGAUAUCGAACACGUACUUAACCGUGUGCCAAUACAUCCUCGUGUUGUUCCUGCCAUUAAAGCUGCUUAUGCAUCAGGAUGCGAUUUACGAGUAGUAAGUGAUGCGAACAUGUUCUAUAUAGAAACUAUACUGAAGCAUCUUGGAAUUCGAGAAUGUUUCUCAGAGAUCAACACGAAUCCAGGUUUCGUUGAUGAUGAAGGCAAGUUAAGGAUUUUGCCUUUCCAUGAUUUUCACAAAUCUGAACACGGUUGUAACCUCUGUCCACCCAACAUGUGCAAGGGUAAAGUAAUAGAAAGGAUUCAAGCUACGGUGGCCGGAGAGAAAAGGAUUAUAUAUUUGGGCGACGGCGCCGGUGAUUUUUGUCCGAGUAGAAAGCUUGUGGAAGGAGAUUACAUGAUGCCAAGGAAGGAUUUUCCGGUAUGGAAGCUGAUUUGUGAAAACAGGGAUGUUGUUAAGGCGGAGGUUUAUGAAUGGAGUAAUGGGGAAGACAUGGAGCGCAUCCUUCUGCAACUAAUAGCUUCCAUAAUCUCGAUUGAGAAGAUGGAGAAUAAGAACGCUAAUAAGUUGUUUGAUUGCAAGUUUGAGAGGAUUGCCCUCGGAGCUUUGUCUAAACCCAUUUAUGUUCCUCAUUGA